AGAUCUGCGUUAUCACUGCAGGCCUGCAGCUGUUCCCGUGAGCCGGUGAUGGAAAACUUCCGUUGCUUUGCAAACCGCUUCUCCGACUACAGCGGCGCGCUGCUGCCGGGCCAGAGCGCGCAGGCCGUGGUGCCAGCCGUCAUCGCCACCGUGGACAAAAUCCUAAAAAAGGUUCCCAUCGACAUCAGCGACUGCGAUGGAGGGCUGUACGACGGGCCGGCCGGUGUGGCGUACAUGCUGUAUCAUGUGAGCGAGUGUCCGCUGUUCUCCGAGCAGCGGGACGGCUACCUGAAGACGGCCAAGCAGAUCAUCGACGUGUCGGUCAGAUAUGUGGAUGCGGAGCCGGACACAAACAUGCGCGCCGCCUUCCUGCUCGGCGGGGCGGGCAUCUACGCGGUGGCCGCAAUGAUCUAUAAAUCCCUGGGUUUGGCUGAUUUCGUUAAGCCGCUGACCAAAUUUCGUAACCUGUGGGAGGUGUGCGCGCCCAUCAAUUUUCUGGAGUGCGGCUCGGAUGAGCUGUUCGUGGGGAGGGCUGGGUACCUGUGCGCCGCCCUGGUCCUCAAACAGAAGCUGGGAAUAGAGAUUCUGAGCAAGGAUCAAAUCAAAUCGAUCUGUCAGGCCAUCAUUGAGUCAGGAAAACAAUAUGCCAGGAGGAAGAGAAAGCCGUUCCCCCUCAUGUACUCGUACUAUGGAACAGAGUAUCUUGGCGCAGCCCACGGCCUCUCGUCAGUGCUGCAGAUGCUGCUGAGCUACCAGGACGUGCUCAGCGCGGCAGAGAGGGACCUGGUGUGGCAGAGCGUCGAUUUCCUCAUGAACCAGGAGCAGAACUGUAACUGGCCUGCCGAGCUGGGCGCCAUCAUCCAGAGAGAGAACGAGCUGGUGCACUGGUGCCAUGGAGCCCCAGGUGUGGCGUAUCUUUUUGCUAAAGCGUACCUGAUCCAUAAGAAGCCUCAGUAUCUGGACACGUGUAUCCGCAGCGCAGAGCUUGUGUGGCAGAAGGGUCUGCUGAAGAAGGGGCCUGGGAUUUGUCAUGGAGUUGCAGGCAGCGCUUACGUCUUCCUCCUGCUGUAUCGGCUGACGGGCAACUCGAAGUACAUGUACCGCGCUCAGAGGUUUGCAGAGUUCCUCUUCACUGAGGAGUUUAAGUCAGGCUCCCACUCAGUGACGAGUGUCUGCAGUCUGUUUGAAGGCCUGUCGGGGACUGUUUGUUUCCUGGUCGACCUCCUGCAGCCGGACCAGUCGGAGUUCCCUCUGUUUAGUGUCUUUGUGUGAAGGGACCGUGCCUCA